AUGAGCGCCACAGGCACAGUCCGAGACACUAAGCACGGCAGUAUCGGUGAGGUUGAAGCCGGCAAAGGCGUCAUCACCCGAUACGCCGAUGGCCGACCAACGCGCUUCACCUUCAAGACAAAGUUUGAUCGCCCCCCAAGGGUCCAGAUCACGCCAAUCUUCAUCGACCCAAAGUCGGCAUUUAAGCAAUACUGGAUUUAUCAUCUUGCUCCUUCUGGUGACCAGGCCGUCGACGAGUCUGGCUUCUACCUGGGAUGUUGCGGUGAGACGGUGGGAAUCCAUCUGGCCGGCACCUCCCGCCGAAGCAGGGUUUGUUACCCGAUCUUCUGGGAAAUUGCCCGGGACUCAUUCAACGACCUGAAUAAGAUCUUGGGCCUCAAUGAAGCCAUUGAUAAGCUCCUAGAUUUUGACUACGAAGCAGAGUCUUCGAACGGAUGGUCCAUUGAGCAGAAGAUCUGGGGAGUCCGUGUUGCAAUCGACAUCCUUGAGGACAUUCUCGACUCCCCUGAUGUCGCCGAGGCCUUCCGUCUCGGUAAGGAGAGUGCAGAGAACUGGGUUGAGCAUGCCCAUCUCUUAAAACCUGGCAUGAAUGUUUCGCCCUACAUGUCCGCUAUGCAGGAUCCCCUAUAUCCGUGCAGGAUGUGA